UUGAGUCAAUCUUGUCUAUCUUCUUCUACCCUCCAAUAUCUGCUCUACUAUUCCAAGACUCCACUGGACUGAAGAGUACUGACCUUCUAAUCUAAUCUAAACAAGCCCUCUCCUCCCAUUUACCCCGCCUUUUUUAUGGAAGCCCUCAAAUCAUCCUUCAUCUUCCCAACCCCUCCUUAUCCAAAUCCCUUCCAAAAAACAAGCACCACCACCACCACCACCGUCUUCUACUGCUCAAACGAGUGGUCUCUCAGCGACGGAAACCCCAACAAACCAAAAGACGACAAGGCCCGUCGCAUAAAUAAACAAGAGGCCCAACACCUAACCCAGUUGAGGAGGAGGCAUAGUAGUAGUAACCAAAACCCCAACAAGAAAUGGAUAAAGAGGACUCCUGAGCAGAUGCUUCGUUACAUACAGGAUGAUAGGAAUGGACAUUUGUACGGUAAACAUGUCGUCGCUGCCAUUCAGAGGGUUCGCAGUCUUAGCGGGAAGCCGUACGAUAUGAGGCAAGUCAUGGCCUCUUUUGUUGCUAAGCUUACCUUCAAAGAGAUGUGUAUUGUUUUAAAGGAGCAGAAGGGCUGGAGACAAGUUAGGGAUUUUUUUGCUUGGAUGAAAUUGCAGUUGAGCUACCGGCCAAGUGUUAUUGUAUAUACAAUCAUUGUGCGCAUAUACGGCCGAGUUGGCAAAAUAAAGCUUGCUGAACAGGCCUUCUUGGAGAUGCUUGAAACCAGAUGUGAACCGGAUGAGGUUGCUUGUGGUACCAUGCUGUGUGCUUAUGCCAGAUGGGGACACCACAGGGCUAUGUUAGCAUUUUAUUCUGCUGUACAAGAGAGGGGUAUCAUGCUUCCUAUUUCGGUUUUCAAUUUUAUGCUCUCAUCUUUGCAAAAGAAAUCACUCCAUGGGAAUGUUACUGAGUUGUGGAAGCAAAUGGUUAAUACAGGGGUUGCGCCUAACCAUUUUACUUAUACUGUUGUCAUUAGCUCAUUAGUGAAAGGUGGUCUCUCUGAAGAAGCUUUUAAGACGUUUAAUGAGAUGAAGAAUUUGGGUUUUGUUCCCGAGGAGGUAACUUAUAGCCUGCUUAUCAGUUUAAGCUGCAAAAAUGGUAACCGGGAUGAAGCACUCAGACUUUAUGAAGACAUGAGAGUGGUAGGAAUAGUUGCGAGUAAUUAUACAUGUGCUUCUCUUCUAACCAUACAUUACAAAAGUGGUGAUUAUUCUAAAGCUGUUUCCCUGUUUGCGGACAUGGAGAGAAACAAAAUUGCUGCAGAUGAAGUCAUACAUGGCUUACUUAUUAGGAUCUAUGGCAAACUUGGUCUUUACGAAGAUGCCAGGAGAACUUUUGAAGAGAUUGGGAAGUUGGGCCUACUUAGCAGUGAGAAAUCAUAUAUAGCAAUGGCUCAAGUCCAUCUCAAAUCAGGAGAUCUUGAGAAAGCUUUGAGUACUAUGGAACAAAUGAGGUCUAGAAACAUUGGGUUUUCAAGAUUUGCUUUUAUUGUGUUGUUGCAAUGUUAUAUAAUGAAGGAGGAUUUGGCGUCUUGUGAAGUUACAUACGAAGCUCUAUCAAAGACUGGACCUCCUGACACUAUUUCUUGCAAUAACAUGAUCAACUUGUACAUGAGAUGGGGCUUAACUGAGAAGGCCAAGGAUUUUGUUAUGCAGAUUAGGAGAGACGGUGUAGAAUUUGACGAGGAGCUUCUCAGUAAUGUCAUGAAGAUAUAUUGUGUGGAAGGGAUGCUAGGAGCUGUAGAGCAGUUGAUAGAAGAGAUGAGGCAUAAUGAACUAUUUAACAGUAAGUUUGUGCAAACAUUUCUUUUGGCCAUGCAUGGAGAAUCAAGGAGACCUAGCGAAGCAAAAGACAACUUGGAGCACUUGGACCAACACGGAUCUCUAGCUUUUGAGCUGUUGUUUAUUCUGUAUUUGGCGUGUGAUAAUUCCCUUAAGACAGAAGAAACACUGAAAUUGGUACUCAAGACAACCAAUAAUGGCUUGUCUGUAGCCAGUCAGCUUGUGAAUAAAUUGAUCAAAGAAGGUGACAUAAUGAAAGCAGAAAGUCUUUACAAGCUACUGAUUGAGCAAGGGUGUAUUCCAGAGCAUGUCGCAAGUACAUCUUUGAUCAGUUUCUAUGGAAAACAACGAAAGCCAAAACAAGCCCGAGAAGUGUUUGAAAUGGCAGCUGAUUCCCCUGCAAAUGCAAAACUGUUAUGUAAUUCAAUGAUUGACGCAUAUGUUAAAGGUGGUCAAUUAGAAGCUGCAUACCUUUUUUACAAGGAAGUAUCUAAGGGGGGGCAUGAUUUGGGCGCUGUUGCUAUCAGCAAGAUUGUCAAUGCCUUAAUUAAUGGCGGAAAAUAUCGAGAGGCGGAGAAUGUCGUUCAGUGUAGCUUUCGGGAUAACUUGGUUCUUGAUACUGUGGCUUACAACACAUUCAUCAAAGCAAUGCUACAAGCAGGUAAAUUGCAUGAAGCUGCCAGCAUUUAUGAGCGCAUGCUUUCUUUGGGAGUCACUCCAUCACUUAAAACAUAUAGCAUUAUGAUCAGUGUGCAUGGACGACGCCGAAAUCUGGAUAAGGCUGUUGAGAUGUUCAACAUGGCUCGAAGCAUGGGGGUGCCCUUGGAUGAGAGGGCAUAUAGCAAUCUCAUAUCCUGCUAUGGGAAGGCUGGUAAAGUUCAUGAAGCAUCCCUUUUGUUUAGCGAAAUGCAGGGAGAAGGAAUAAAACCUGGAAAGGUCAGCUAUAGUACUAUGAUGAAUAUAUAUGCUACUGCAGGACUUUAUGGUAAAACAGAGGAGGUAUUCCAAGCUAUGCAGAAAGAUGGUUGCCUACCCGACUCAUUGACCUACCUUGAUCUAGUUCAAGCCUUUACCAAGGGACUGAAAUACGCUGAGGCAGAGCAAGCCAUAAUUUCGAUGCAGCAAAGAGGAAUUCCCCCUUCCUGUGCUCAUUUUAAACUUGUACUCUCUGCUUUUACAAAAGCUGGUUUGAUGAUUGAAGCUAAAAGGGUUUAUGGAGAGCUCAUAACAGCUGGUUUAAGACCUGAUCUCACAUGUUGCCGGACCAUGCUGAGAGGUUACAUGGACUAUGGGCAUGUGGAAGAAGGCAUCUCCCUCCUUGAAAGCUUAAGAGGUUCAAUGGGACCGGACAGGUUUAUGAUGAGUGCAGCUGUUCAUUUGUACAAGUCAGCAGGCAUGGAACUCAGAGCUGAAGAAAUUUUGAACUCCAUGAACAGUAUGGGGAUUCCAUUCCUGAAAAACCUGGAGGUUGAAUUAAAGAUGAAGGCUCCCUGAGCAUCAGAAGUAUUUUAGCAAUGCUCCACUACAUUAUUACUAUGUGGAGAAACUAAAGGAUAGUGAUAUACGAGGAAAGCUGAAGACUAAAGAUGAACAAGCACCACGUAUUUGUGUACCAUACUACCACUGGUGUUUUGGUAAUUCUACUCUCUGGCCUGUCGUGGGAACAGCUGCUGCUUCUGUUUGAAGAAUGGAAAUUCAUUGGGGGUUCACGUUUGAUGAUCCCAGCGGAAGUCAGAACCAAGUUGGGAUGGUUUUGAGGAUAUGGACAAAUAUAGGUUCUAUGCCGAGUUCCUUAAGAUAUAAGUUCAUUCUGUAACCUUAUGAUAUUUGAUCUGAAGGCCUCUCCAAUUUUUCAUUACACAUGGGCCAUUUCCGCUCUGUUGAUUUGACAGCAGGAACUUCAUCUUUCAGAGAAUAUGUGGUAUGACACCAAAGCACAUACGGGUCUACUGGCCCCAUGUGUGUGCUUGUGAAAGCUCAACAAUGCAGAGAUAUCUCGCGCUGGUUUUGAGGUGCAGAACACAGUUGCCGAGACAUUUGUAUCCAAUGCACAUGUACAUGCACAGGUAAAGAUUAUUUCUUGGAAUUCCAUUGUAUGUAGCUAUAGCUACAUGAAUAAGCAUUUCUAUUAGUUUAUUAUGCGUGUCUGGAACCUGUGUGUGGAACAAUUUAUUCCUUGUCAUCGGUGGCAUUCGCUACUACUUGGGACUUCCUUUGAUUUUGAAAUGUACAUGUUUUUUCUUUUUUUGUGCAAA